UUCCCUGUCUUUUGAGGCGACGCUACUCUGUCGUGAAUGGUAUAUCUGCCUUCUUCAUCCUCUGCUACGCUCAGUGUGUAAACAUCUGCUUCAAGGUUCUUGUUUCAACCUGUAUCUUUGAUAAGGACCACAACUGCCUCAAGUAUGUCAUCCUACACAGUGGCAACAUGGAGCCUUUCAGUGGAGAACACCUCAAUCCUGCUCCUCUUCUAUCCUCUGUUCUUCCGACUGCUGGGACUGUGUAGUCUCAGUGAGUCUCCGUUUGCCAUCAGACUGUGGAGAGUGAUGCCCAUCCAACUCCUUGACUCUGUACAGAACCCCUUCAGGGACAACUGCCGUUUCUUUGCCGGGCUCUAUUUCUUGUACCGUGUCCUCAUCCCACUGCUAGAUGUC